ACCCCACCUCAAUCAGUGUUGUGAUUGGGGACUAUAGGUAGACCGCGCACGACGUCGAAGAAAGAACACUUUCAAAUCGGAUCAUAUAAAUUGAGCCUAUUACGUCAGAGUAAAACUCUCCAAAGUGGAAAUGCCUUUUUCUACGCACCAGUUGGAGACUAUCAGUAAGGCAAAUGAAGCGAAUUUCAUUUAAACUUUUAUAAACAAGACAUGGGAUGUUGAGAGAAUGUCCUUCGAAGAACCUUUUCAUAUGACACAAGAAUUUGAUUUGUACCAGAAUGUGUCCAAAUGGGCGCACCACGGUAAUCACACAGGGGCCACUUCGGAACCAUCUAUGUUCUACAUCAGCAUCGCCAUCACUGCCAUUUAUGGAGUCAUCAUAGUCGUGGGACUAAUCGGUAACAUAACCCUCAUCAAGACAUUGUCUUCCUCUAAAUCCACGCGGAAUGUCCCCAACCUCUUCAUGUCGAGUCUCGCGUUCGGGGACUUGGUCCUCCUGGUUACUUGCGCACCGGUGGAUGCCAGUCGGUACCUCGCGGACGAGUGGCUCUUCGGGAGAGUUGGAUGUAAACUCAUACCAUUCAUCCAACUCACCUCCGUCGGAGUGUCUGUUUUUACCCUGACUGCGUUGUCUGCUGAUAGGUACAAGGCAAUCGUGAAGCCCAUGGACAUCCAGGCCUCCAACGCCCCGGCGAGGAUCGUCCUGCGGGCUGCAGUGAUCUGGCUCUUCUCCAUGACCCUGGCUGUCCCCGAGGCUGUCUUCUCAGACCUCCGCUCGUUCAGCAUCCACAGCACCAAUGAGACCUUCAUCACCUGCGCCCCCUAUCCCCACGAUGGUGAACUGCACCCCAAGAUCCACUCCAUGGCCUCCUUCCUCAUCUUCUAUGUCAUUCCUCUGUCGGUUAUAUCAGUCUAUUACCUAUUCAUCGCCAGGAGCCUGAUCAGGAGUGCCUAUAAUAUGCCGGUGGAGGGCAACGUGCACGUCAGAAGACAGAUAGAGUCCAGGAAGCGCCUUGCCAAGACCGUCCUGGUGUUUGUGGGCCUGUUCGCCGUGUGCUGGCUCCCCUGUCACGUGAUCUACCUCAACCGCUCCUACCACUACUCCGAAGUGGACACCUCCAUGGCCCACUUCAUCUUCACUGUGGGAGCCCGUAUCCUGGCCUUCACUAACUCCUGUGUCAACCCCUUCGCCCUCUACCUGCUCAGCAAGAGUUUCCAGAAGCAGUUCAACAAGCAGCUGUGUUGUUGUUGUCGAGCCCUGGCGAAGAGGUCCCAGAGCCAGAGGAGGAACAGGAACAACAUACACAUGACCUCCCUCAGGACCACCAACCACUCAGUGGCCAGUCUGAGCUUUAUUCAUGGAAAACACAUCUGUCAGGAGGACAGUGUGUGAGAGACAGAUGGGUGGAUGGUAAGAGAGAGACAGACAUACAGGUCUACCAAGAGGAGAGAGUGUGAGACAGACAGACAGACAGGUCUACCAAGAGGAGAGAGUGUGAGACAGACAGACAGACAGGUCUACCAAGAAGAGAGAGUGUGAGACAGACAGGUGGACGGUACAAUUGGUAGUCGGAUGGGAGGACCAAGGGAAUAGAAGAACCAAGGGGUAUGAAAGGUUCCAGUGCGGUAUGCAGGUGGUCGGGUGGGAGGACCAAGGGAAUAGAAGAACCAAGGGGUAUGAAAGGUUCCAGUGCGGUAUGCAGGUGGUCGGGUGGGAGGACCAAGGGAAUAGAAGAACCAAGGGGUAUGAAAGGUUCCAGUGCGGUAUGCAGGUGGUCGGGUGGGAGGACCAAGGGAAUAGAAGAACCAAGGGGUAUGAAAGGGUGGGAGUGGGGAAAUUGCUCACCCUUUGAAAUGGCCGCUAAUCUGGAAUCACCCGAGUGUUUCCUGACCUGUUUGAUGGUAUUGAGCCUUUAAUCAAGAUCCCACAGCAGCUAUAUAGAUGACCUACAUAGAACAGUAUGUGUAACGUUAUGUAUUUGAACAGUAUGUGUACCUUUAUGUAUUUGAACAGUAUGUGUACCUUUAUGUAUUUGAACAGUAUGUGUACCUUUAUGUAUUUGAACA